AGACGAACACGUAAAGCGCCUCAAUGUGCGGCGAAGAAAAGAAAUAACUUGUUGUGCGCACUCUCGUCAAAAAUGGCUCAGGGCUCAAAGAAGUUUAAGGCUCAGCGUCCAGGAGCGACCAAGAAACAUCAACAAAACAAGCAGAAAGGACCGAAGAAAGGAGGGAGGAUCAUCGCACCUAAAAAGGCACAAGUGGUUGAGCAACAGAAGCUGAAGAAGGGUAUGGAGGUUGCCAUCAGGAACAAGAUCGAGCAGGAGGUGACCCAGAAGGCCAGCACCUCCCUCCACAAGCCCCUGUCUGUGGUCAAAGGUGCUGAGGGGAAAGGGAAGCCCGCAGCUUCCCGUCCCGGAACCAGCUCCAAAUAGGGCCGCAGCACACCUGGACCUCCUCAGGAGAGCUAAAACAAACCAAUCAGAAAUCAGAACAAAAAAGGGAAGACCUCUGAUGCCAAACCGCUGCAUCCGUCAGAAAACUUCACCUAUCAGAGGAUUUAUUUUUAUUUCUACAAAAUGAAAGCUUUAUUCAACAAGUUAACCUGUGAAAUGGUGUUCAUUCAGAGAUGUAUUUAAUCCAAUCUUUAUUUAAACCUUUGUAAAUGUUAGUAGCUUGUGCAGUUCAGAGGCGAUGUAUUUAUGCAUCUACAUUUAAGCAUUAUGAUUACGAUGCUACUGUGCUAUAACAUGUAUUAGAGGCAGUUACGUGACUAAAUAAAGUGCUUGAAAUAAAAUAAAUUGGAGGGAGAAAAACUGCAA